AUUGCAGAUUAUGCCACUGCCUUCACUGUAGAGAACUGGGAAGGAGAAACCCUUGCACUCCCAUGAUUUUCUCUCAUUUUCUUCCCGUUUCCCUCUCUUUCUCUGCAUCCUAACAGAGCUUUUUCUUUUUAUUUUUUUAGGGUUUAUGACUUUCGGCUAACUUUCUUCCACGAAGCCUAAACCCCUACUUCGCUUCCCCGGAUUUGCAUUCCCAUUCUCUACCUAGUUGUUCAAACCAGUCAAGAACUGCAAAAGAAAUCGAUUCGUAUCGAUUGACACAAGAAAUAAGAAACCAAAAAUGCGAAUUGUUCACCAAAUUAUAUCUCAACUCUCCGCCGCUUCGCCGUGCGCAAGGGCAGCGAAAUUUCUCCCAAAACCCACAUCGGGAAAUGCCCCGAGAAUCGCGUCGUUCAACCAGUCGGUCUCUCGAGCAUUCUCGGCUGCGCCUAGCGGCGGCGGAAGCGGAAAAGACGACGACUGGGGUAAAAGCAUCGGCGGCAAUGCGGCGGAUGAUUUGGGUUGGGACGUUGCGUCGUCAUGGUCGACGGGACUGACCAAGGAGCAUUUUGAUGGGGAAGCAGUUGGGCAUCAGGUUGGUUCGAGCGGGAGCGGUGGUGGUGGCGGUGGCGUUGGCAUUGACGCCGUCGCCCAGCGCUCUACGGCGGUUGGCGGUGGCGAAGAGGUGGAUAAUGACUUGAAGGAAUUGGAUGAAGAGAAUAAGAAGGGUAGAGCGUUUGUGGAGGGUUGGGGGGAGAGGAUGAGGGAAAUGAGCGUGUUGUUGAAGCAGGUGAGGGAGCCUGGGGUGAGAGGGUCGUAUUUGAAGGAUUCAGAGAAGUCGGAGAUGUACAGGCUGCACAAGGCAAAUCCAGAAGUGUAUACUGUCGAGAAGUUGGCGAAGGACUAUAGGAUUAUGCGGCAGCGAGUGCACGCCAUUCUUUGGUUGAAGGAGCUUGAGGAGGAGGAGGAGAAGAAGUUCGGCCCUCUUGAUGACUCAGUGGAGCUCUUGCUCGAUACAUGUCCAGAAUUUUUUAACUCUCAUGACAGGGAAUUCCAUGUGGCAUCCCUUCCAUACAAACCUGAAUUCAAGGUUAUGCCAGAGGGUUGGGAUGGCACCACCAGAGACCCAGAUGAGGUUCAUUAUGAGAUAUCUAUGAAGGAAGAUGAAAUGUUAUAUCAAGAAUUUGUGCAAAGGAUGAACUUCAACAAGAAAAAGAUGGCAGGAGAGGUCAAGUGCCACAAAUAUAGCAGGAGGCGUCCUUCGGAUGGAUGGAGUUUUACAGUUGAGAAAAUGGGGCCUCGUGGGAAGCGUGGAGGUGGCGGUGGUUGGAAAUUUGUGAGCUUACCCGACGGCUCCAGCAGAGCCUUGAACGAAAUGGAAAAAAUGUAUGUGAAGAGGGAGACUCCUCGCCGCCGACGCAAGAUUUUCCCUUGAUGACUCUCAUUGCUGUAUUUUCCCCUCCUCAAGGGCAAGCAUAGAACUGGCUUUGCUCUUAGCAAACAGCUGCAAAGAUUCCAGUUAAAAGUGGGGAUAUUUUGUCUUUGAUAUUUUGCAAUUGUAUGGAAUAGGGAUUUUUGUCAAUCUGUUAUACUCCCUGUUUCUAGAUGUGUUUUUUUUUUUCCUUUUGAUCCUCUGUUGUAGUGCACAAUUAUAGCCUUGCAUCGUUUGGUUCAGUUGUAGGUUUAAGUUUUGAGCUAUUUGGAAGCUCUCGAAACUCCGAAAAGUUUUAGUUCUUUUAACCUAUUGUAGAAGGGGCUAUGUUCUCUCAGGAGGUGAGACUUCUUGAACGGAUCAAUGUAAAUUUACAGGCCUCUGGGUACCUUAUCAUAUGUAAAUCCCCUUUUGUACCAGUUAAUCAACAUUCUCCUGGUCUAAAA